AUUCUAAAAUAUACGUUGAAUAGCCCAACAAGUUAUGGGCCCGGGAUCGCGAGUGUAGAAAAGUGCUCUGAAGAUAAUAGGAACUGUGCCAGUGUUAAACUCGUAGUGAAAGUGGAAAUUGCGAACUCGACUAACUCGUUACACAAGCGGAAUGAUUUCAAUCACGGGAUAUGACUGUUUCGUUUUGGUUUGUUGCUGACCAGGGUAGGAUUGCCUGGUGAUACAGGAUGUAAAACAAAUGAUCAUCAUCGUCAUCAUCAUCGGUGAUCCCGUGCCGUGUUUCUGCCGGUGUAUUGAUCGUGAAUUCUGCACCUCGUGCGUUGUAAGAGAAGGGUUCUGAUUCGGUUGUUAAAUACGGCAGUUGUGAAGUGCGUUGAAAUGUUGUUAAGAGCGGUGCUCAAGUGUUACGGAGCUGUAUGGAUCGAUCAGGCCGCUUUCUUGGUGCAGCGUCACGGGUUUUGGUGAGCCGUCGAGCCGAACCGGCGAGACGCGGUCUUCUAGUGCGCAAAACUAGUGUGUUGGUUUGGUUGGGUGAAAAUUUCUAUCGUUCCACAUUCCACUGAAGAAAAGGAAAAGCGAGAAGAAGCAGUAAAAUUGUUGUGUUCUGUGGUGAAAAGCAAAAGGAAAUCCUGUGCCGUUGAGAGGUUUUUUUGUUUGGCAGUUUGUGCGUUUGGGGGGGUUGAAGUGUGAAAGAAGCGGGAAGUAAAUUGUGUGUUGAAGUGUGGCAAAGUGGCAAAAGAGUGAUAUAUACGGAUCGAGCGAACGAGCGACAGGAAGCAAUAGCAGCAGCACCGCCAUCAGCAGCAGCAACAAAAUGUCAGCCGAAUCGAUACGAUCGUUCUCGCAUGGGCGGUUGGACGCACUUGUUUCCCGUGGAGGCCUGCUGCUGGUCGGCUACCUCCUGGCGACGGUGUUCGUCGUCGGUAACCUAUGUGCCUGGCAGGAAAACGUUCGACCGAAGCUCUACGUCACGCUAGCCGACAAGGAGUACCUUAGGUUCCAGGGAAACGAAUCCACAAACGAUUACUUCAAGCUGGUGCUGCGCGAUCCCAACAGCAACAAUCUGCUCGUCGGUGCACGGAACAUCGUCUACAAUCUCAGCAUCUACGAUCUGGCGGAAACGACGCGUCUCUCGUGGUACUCCACGGACGACGACAUCAAGAUGUGCAUUGUUAAGGGCAAGGAUGAGGACCUCUGCCAAAACUAUAUCCGAGUGUUGGCAAUCCCUGCGCAAGGAUCACUGCUGAGCUGCGGGACGAACGCGUUUCGACCGCUGUGUCGGACGUACUCCAUCAACGGCAACAACUACUCGAUGGAGACGGAGAAGCCGGGGCAGGCAAUGUGUCCGUACGAUCCGACGCACAACUCCACGGCUGUGUUCGUAGAUAACGAACUUUACUCGGGCACGGUGGCUGAUUUCAGCGGACUCGACCCGAUUAUCUAUCGCGAACAUCUGCAAACGGAGCAGUACGACAGCCUCAGCUUGAACGCGCCCAACUUCGUCGGAUCCUUCACGCAGGGUGACUUCGUUUACUUCUUCUUCCGCGAGACGGCCGUCGAAUUCAUCAACUGUGGCAAGGCUAUCUUCAGCCGUGUGGCUCGUGUGUGCAAAUGGGACAAAGGUGGCCCGAAUCGGUUAAAGAACCGGUGGACGUCUUACUUGAAAUCCCGCCUAAACUGCUCCAUGCCAGGCGACUUUCCUUUCUACUUCGACGAAAUUCAAUCUACCAGUAAUCUCGUGGAGGGCAGAUAUGGACAUGCCAACUCUAAGCUGAUCUACGGUGUGUUUUCUACGGCACCGAACGCAAUCGCUGGAUCAGCAAUAUGCGCAUUUUCCCUGCAGGAAAUUUCGGAUACGUUCGAGGGUAACUUCAAGGAGCAGAGUGGACUCAACUCGAACUGGCUGCCAGUGAACCCGCUAAACGUUCCUGAUCCACGGCCCGGCUCGUGCCACAACGAUUCGCGCACCCUGCCCGAUCUGACGCUCAACUUCAAAAAGACCCAUUCGCUGAUGGACGAAACCGUGCCCGCAUUUUUCGGCUCUCCCAUCCUGACGCGCGUCAGCACGAUGUAUCGGUUCACUGCCAUUGCGGUAGACCCUCAAAUCAAAACGCCCGGUGGAAAAACGUACGAUGUCAUCUUUGUCGGUACAGAUCACGGCAAAAUCCUCAAAACGGUUAACGCUGAAUCGGCCGACUCGAACAAGAAGGUAACGUCGGUGGUGAUCGAGGAAAUCGAUGCACUUCAAACGAACGAACCAAUUCGGACGCUGGAAAUCGUUCGGACGACCCAGUACGACACACCCAAGGAUGGCAGUUACGAUGAUGGAAAAUUAAUUAUAGUCACCGAUACGACCGUGCUGGCGAUCAAAUUGCACCGCUGCAGCAGUGAGAAGAUAACAAGCUGCAGUGAGUGUGUAGCGCUGCAGGAUCCGUACUGUGCGUGGGAUAAAAUUGUGGGCAAAUGUCGGUCGCACGGUGCGCCCCGAUGGUCGGAAGAGAACGUAUUCUACCAGAGCGUAGCGACCGGCGAUCACGCGGCCUGUCCGUCCGGCAAGAUGGCAAAGGAUGCAAACGUUGUCGAGCGGCAAGGAUACCGAGAUCUAGAGUACGAUCCACAGCGACCAUUCCGAGAUCAGCCGGCGGAUAAGAUUCAGUUCAAUUCGGAGAACUACAACGACAAGGGACCGCAGAUAACGCCCGAUCUGAUUAAUGCCCAGUACACGGUGGAGACGCUCGUGAUGGCCGUGCUGGCGGGUGCCAUCUUUGCCCUGCUGGUCGGUUUCAUUACCGGCUACUUCUGUGGCCGCCGGUGUCACAAGGACGAGGACGACAAUCUACCCUAUCCGGACACCGAGUACGAAUAUUUCGAGCAGCGCCAGAAUGUUAAUCGGAUACAAGCCGAACCGAAGCUAUUGCCGCAGGUGGAGGAAGUGACCUACGCCGAGCCUGUACUAUUACCUCAACCGUCUAGUCAGAAUAAGAUGCAGCAUUCGCCAAAAAAUACGUUAAGAAAACCGAUGGGUCAUCAUCAUGGCGUCAACUCGGAAACGUUGUUCCAGUUCCAACCGGACAACUACAAUAAUGCACGAGACAAUUACCGAGGCCGAGACAACUUCGGCACCCUACGAUCCCAUCAGGGUGAUAAUUAUCGUCGCGGUGACGGAUUUUCAACGACAAGAAGUGUCAAAAAAGUAUAUCUUUGAGACGGAAACGGGGCGGCUGAGACCAGCCAGGGACUGAUCAAUCAAAAUAUGGUCCUUAAUUCAAACACUCGUAACAGAAGUCUCGGCCGUAUGAAAAGGCAGCCGCCCCGACAUGGUAUGGUAACACAACAUCGUUCCGACAGUCUACACCAUUCCAGCUCCGGAUCUUCCCCUGUCAUGUCCAACAGUAGCU